CACGACACGGCCACGCCUACGACACGCCCACAUACGCACGCACGCACGCCUACGUACACGCGCAACAAUGGCCGACGGGCAGCGCUCCCCCAAACGCCGCAAGACGUCGCCGAACACAGCAUCAGCAGCAGAAGCAGACACAAGCUCGACAACAAGCACCAUCUUCCAGCCCCGCAACCAACUGCGCCGCACCCCGCCGCGCCGGCCCUCGUACCUCUCUCCCACCAAAGCGACCCGCGCGCGCUUCAACCCGGACCUUCUCGAGCGGGAGCGGGAGCGGGGAAGCCCCGCCGGCGCUUCGGGCGCGUCAGGCGCUGCUGUCCCUUCGACCUCGGCGAUUGCUACGGCGGCGGCUGCUGGUGCGCGGAGAGCGAGUCGCGCGCUGGCGCCUGCGUUGGGCGAGGAGGUGGCUGCGGGGGGGAAUGGAGAUGGGGAUGGAGAUGCGGAUGCGGCGAAGAGCAAGGGUGCUGGGGUGGGGGAGCAGGAGACCGCCCGCUUGCUGCCGAGUCGUGAUAUCUUGCAGCAGGCGGCUGCGGCGGCGGCGGAGGAGGGCACGCAGGGUGCUGGGACGAGUGGUGCUGUUGGCGCGGGAGCUGGGACUGGCGCGGCGGGGACGCUGCAGCCGCCGCCGGCUGCGUUGCAACAUCCUUCUACUGGUGCUGGUGGUGCGGCAACAACGGCGGGGGCAGCGGCGCCUGCUUCCACGGACUCCGCGGGGCUUCCGGGGUAUGCACAGUUGGGCUCGCCGGCUAUGCAGCCCGAUUUGCCGCCCAAGGAGGGCUUGUUCAACUCGCCGGGUAAGAAGCAGCAGCCGCGGAGGCAGAGGCAGUUGGGGCAGCGGCUGUCGUCGCCUUUUAAGCCGAGGCCAGCGUCGAGGGAGGGGGAGAAGGACAAAGGGAAGGCGAAAGAUGCGGAUGUGGUUGCGGGAGUGGGAGUGGAGGCGGGGGAAGUGAGGACGGAGGGGGUGGGGGAGAAAGGAGGGGUUAAGACUGCGGCGACGGCGACAGAGACGGAUCCGAAGCAGAAGGAAAAGGAGGAGUUGCAGCAGCGGCUGCGCGAGCUGCGGGAUGAAGUGGGCAAGUACGAGCGCGAGGUCGAGAGAGCCAUGACCGCGCCGGGGGAAGAAGACGAGGACUGCAAGGACCUGAUCGCCCUCAUCAACGCCGCAGCGCCCUCGUCCCCGCCACCAUCCCACCCCGCCCCGCCCCUCUCCACCCUGCUAACCGCCUUCCUCCCCCUCGCGAAACCAGUCCGUCCCCCCACACCGCCGCAGGACAAGGCCGACGCAACCGACCUACCCAGCCACGCGCCCCUGGACCUCGCCGACCCGCUCCCGUACCUCCGCCUCUUCUCGCCCUUCACCUUCGCCUCGAGCAUCCGCAUGGACACAACCCCGCUCGCCCAAACCGUCCACACCAUCACCAUGCGCGCCCCGCAUAACGCGCUGCGCGUCGUGUUCGAGAUGACGGUUUCCGUGCCCACGUCUACGUCAACGUCAACCACAACCCCCUGCAUCACAGCCCUAGCCCUCACGCACCUCACCCCUUGGGCCGCCCCCGAACUCGGCCCCGUCCUCGCCGCCCGCGCCGCAAAAUCCGACGUCUCAGGCCUCUGCGCAGCCGCGCACGCGUACUUUCGCUUUGCGGACCAGCGCGCCCGCGUCUGGGCCCGCUGCUGUAGGACGUUGGCGCCGCGGUGGGGCGGCAUCGGCGCGGGCGGCGUCGGGGCGGGCGUUGGCGUUGAUGCUGACGCUGCUGGUGUGGGUAAAGGCGCGAAAGCAUCGACUGCGGCUGCGGCUGCGGUGGGACGCAAAGGCGAGAGAGGCACGGCUGCGGACGGAGAGAGGCGGGCUGUAGGCGGAGCAGGCGACGAAGACGAAGAGGUCUCCGGCAUCGAUGUCGAUGUCGACGCCGACGCCGACGGCAACAGUAACGCCAACGCCCACUCCAACGCCAGUGCCGCGCAGGCGCCCUCCUCCACCACCCCUGCACCUGCUCCCCCCCUCCCCCGCCACGAAACCCAGCCCCACCUCGGGCGCGCCCACCUCGAUUUCGGGCCGCCCGCGCAGCCGGCAUCGCGCGCCGGCCCGCUACUGCGCAUCCACUACACGCCAGUCUUUGGCUGGGCGGGCGACGUGAGCGCUGAAGUGAGGGCGGAGGCGGCGUGGCCGCCUGCUUGGGAAGAGACGGAUCAGCGCGGCAUGUUGGGGCGGGUGGGCGAGGUGUUUGAGGGGUUGGUGAGACGGGGGGGUGUGGUUUGGGCGGUUGGGGCGUUGGUUGGGGUUGUGUGUGUGUAGUGUGGGUUGCGUGUGUGGGAGUGGGGGGGAGGGGGGUUGUGCGAGUUGUUUGGUGUUGCUACCACUUAUCAUAUCUUUUCUUCUUUUUCUUUCUUUUCUUCUUCGCCAAAACCGCUCUCGCAACGCCAAUGAGUCUCUGAUACUCCAGCCUAUUAUACCAUGCAAUACGCAUCCCAUCCAGCAGACAAAGCCAAAAUCAAAGCCAACGUCUCGAAAAUGUAAUUACAUACAUACAUACAUACAUUCAAC